AUGAAUUCCUCCUGGAGACUUCCAUGGAUCUUCAUCACAACCCUACUGGCUUCAACUUUGUUUGAAGGAAACUACUGCCAAAUGGAGGAAUGUGGUUUCCAGGACAUAGAUCUCCAACAAUGCUUGAACCAAGGCACCCAAAUGUCAGCCCCUGCAGAAUUAUGCUGUAAAAGCCUUAACCAAGCAAUUCAGGUGGGAUAUUACUGCAUCUGCAAGCUAAUAGGAUCCACAACUCCUCUCCUUACCAACUCUCUGGUUCUCCCUAUGCCCAACUGUUUCAUUUCAAUACCUCCAUUGAAUCAAUGCCAAGAGCCUCCGCCGGUUAGUCCACAGAUGCAACCCUCUGCUCCAAAAGUGAAUGACAGUUUACUGAACUCGACUCUGAGCAACGGUUCUUCAGUUGUGACAAGUCAACAAGCCUUGGUUCCCAAGUUGGGUGAUCUUGAGAAUGGAAUAGUCCCGACAUCAUGCGGUGGAAACAAGAAGGGGAUUUGGUUACUGAUGAUGACAGGAAUACUCUUGCUGGCUGCAGUACUACUUCAUGUGUUCCUUGCAUGA